AUGAAGGCCAUGCUGUUGAACAUUGGGCUGGCUCUGCUUUGCGUGCUGGAGACCCAGGCAGAGGUCCCUGUCCAGCCAGACUUUGAUGUCAACAAGUUUGCAGGGAAAUGGCACAUCAUGGUUGCUGCCUCCAACUGCCCCCAGUUCCUGAGCAUGAAGGAAGUCAUGAAGACGUCUGUUACCAUCAUCACGCCAAUGCCAGGAGGCGACUUGACUUUAACUGCUGGUUACCCUUUGCCAGAUAAAUGUCAGAAAAUGGAUCUUACUUUCAAGAGCGCUGGGAAGUCAGGUCACUACACCAAUUCAGUGAUGGCCAAGAGAGACUUCCGCGUGGUGGAGACAGACUAUGCUCACUACGCCAUCGUGUACAUACGCAAGGAUAAGGACGGCGAGACCAGCGUCACCUUGCAGCUCUUUAAUGCUUUCCCUGAAUUACCUCCUGUGAGCCAGCCCCAAAGAGCUGAACGUAAGACUGGUCCAUACAAAGGAAGAUUCGUGGUCAAGUUUCUAGCCCAGCUUUGUGCUCUACCUGAUGGGUGA